UAAAUUCUACCAAAAUGAAAUUGAUUAGAUACUACUUACUUUUUAGAAUUUCCUCCUCGUGAUAUCAUCGGGUCAAAAGCAAAACAACAUGCAUCAGUUUCUGUUGAAGUUUCUUCCAAUAUAUCAGAUCGUUCGGAUCAUACUGAUGCUAUAUCAGAAAAUAAAGAAAAUGAUAAGAAACGUCGUAAAUUGGAUCAUCUAAUUGAUUCAACUGGUGAUGGUAGUGGAGGUGCAGGUGAUGAUGAAGGAAUUGGUGCAUUUCUUUGGUGAUAGUGUACUUAAAACAGUCAUUCAAUCUUGUAUUGAUAAAGUGAGACCUGUAAGAUUUGGUGAACAUCUGAAUUUAUAUGAACUCGAAGUUACUGCAUAUAGUUCAGGUUAUUGCCUUGGUAGUGCUAAUUGGAUGAUUGAUUGUGGAGGUGAAAAGAUUAGUAUAGUGUCAUCAUCAUCCACGGUACAAAAUAUACAUCCUUUACCUUUUGAUGAGACGGUAUUAAUUAAUGCUGAUGUUAUCAUUCUUAGCGACUUGCGUGAUAAGGAUGGAGCUAGAUUUGAAACCAUUCUUAUUGAAAUUGGAAAUUGUGUUGCCAACACUCUAAAAAAUAAAGGAAAUGUUUUAUUCCCUUGUACGAUGAAUGGAAUUAUUUUUGAUAUAAUAGGUUUUUUGAGUCAACACCUAAGGGCCGUAGGAUUACGUGGUAUUCCCUUCUAUGCAGUAUCUCCUAUAGCUGAGGAAUCCCUCAAAUAUUCUAAUAUAUGUGGGGAGUUGAUGUGUACCGAGAGACAGCAAAAAAUGUACUUGCCAGAUAAUCCGAUGCAUCAUCAAGACAUGAUUGAGCAAUCGUUAUUAUAUUAUGCUUCUAGGGCUGAUAGUUCAUUACGGGAAAAAUAUCAAGAACCAUGUGUUGUCUUCGCUGGACAUCCGUCAUUACGUAGUGGUGCAACCAUUAAUUUCAUUAGAAAGUGAGGAAAUAAUUCAAACAAUUCAAUAAUAUUUACAGGUUUGUACAUUGUAAUAAUUAUUAUUAUAUUACUUUUUCGCGUGAUUAAUUAAUGAAAAAUUUAAAAAAGAAUCCGAGUAUGAUUGUGAGGAGGCGAUG